AUGACUACUCCGUCCCAAGCCGCGCGUAACCCAGCAUCCGGCCCACGACAAGAAGUUCGCGCCGAUCCUGCAGACCAUGGCAACAAUGGGGUGUCGGGCUUCGCAUCAGGCAGUGGUCCCCCUAUCCGCCGCGACGACGAACUUGGACGGAGCAUCGGCGCCGUGGUUCAAGCAGUAAUGAAGCAUGGCGUGGGGAAUGACUUGGACCUGCUCUCGAGUGCAAUCAGCGAAAAGACUCGUAGCCUGGAAGACAGAAUCGCCCAGCUCGAAGCAGACGCUGUUCGCUCAAACAAGAGUCACGUCAACCUCCGAAAGCGCGCUAUCAGGUGGAAGGGCAAAUUUCAGCAGGUAUCCAAGCAACGUGAGACGAGCGGUGGGAAGGUGAUCCUGGCAGCCAAGAAGUUCGCGAGUCUGAACUACCACGUCCCAACUGCAGAGUAUCAGGCGGUUGCUCUCGAAUUGGCCGAGGCGGUCAAGGCGUACGAACGGGAGCGCGAGGAAGCACGCAUCAGAGCAGGGGAAGCGGAGAGGAAGGAGAAGGAGAACGAGGGAAACGUGGAGAUGGAGGACUGA